AAUGAAAUAAAAAUUUAAAUACUUAGACGGAUGACUUAGAUAGAUAUUUAACAACAUUGAUAAAUAGCUAGCUAGAGGACUGUACCUAGACACAUGUAAGAAAGGGAGUAUUGAUUGAGGGGGUGAAUGUCUGCUGCUAGAAUGUUAAGCCUGGCACGCCGUUUCUAGAGGGCUGAACGCUUCCACACCACCAGUCGAUCUGUAUAUUAUUGGGUCCAAGAUCCAAGGAUUUAAAAGAUGGAUGAAUCAGAGUUGGAGAUCAGAUCUCAAGAUGAAGUUUGUGACCUUUCUUCAUGGCACAGUAAUUCCAAAAAGCACUCUUCAGCUUUCAUGCACAUCAAUGCAUUUGCAGAAGCAACUCGAGCCUGCAAUUCUGAUCUCGAUGCUGACCAAGAAAUGGUGCAGCACUGUAGCAUAUGUGGUAAAGGAUUUUACCAUGUUCAUGAUUUACGGGACCACGAACUUACCCAUAUUGGCAGCACCAGCACCAAAUGUAGCAGCAGUAGUAGCAAUAGCAGUUGCAAUGUCAACACUAACAACAGCAGCUGUAGCAACAACAAUAGUAACAGCAAUGACAGCAAGAACUUUCUCUUUAACAAGACAUCAGAAGUUGAGUGCAAUGGCAAACUGGGCUCCCCUUGCAAUUUGUGUAUGAACCAGGAGUACAGCAUGUCAGACAACAAUGGCAAAUGUUUAUCUGAUUGUGAUAUCUGUGAUGAAGAAGGAUCUAGUGAAGGCCGCACAAGACGACUCUUGUCAAUGGAUGCUGAAGCGUCACCAGAUAGUUGCCAUGGCAUGACCCAUUUUGACUGUGACUUAUGUGGAGAGCGAUUCAAACUGCGUGGGAGUAUGCUUCGACACCGGCAGACACACAUUACACACCGACCUUUUUCUUGUCCUAUAUGUGGCAAAAUGUUCACACUUCGUGGUAACAUGAAAAAGCACCAAGCUAUUCACGAAGGCCUGAAACCUUUCCAUUGCAAUGUGUGUGGACGACGAUUUGGUCUUCGUGGUAACCUGCGACAGCACCAGGUGGUGCACACUGGAGUUAAACCUUUCGACUGUGCCAUAUGUGGUCGCCAGUUUUCUCUACGUGGAAACAUGGAAAAACACAAGCGGAUACACUCUUACUAAUUUGUUUUGGUUCAAAUAGACUCGGUUUAUCAUCAGGUAAAGCAGGUAGGUAGCAAUGCCAUGGUCUAUUUACACUUUCCUAACCUGUUAGCAUGAACACAUGAACAGACAUUUCACUGUUUCAUCCAUAUGAGCCUUGGCACAGGGAACAAAGACAGUUUUUGAUAUUUAGUCCACUGACAGUGUUUCCUUCUACUUUGUGUAUGAGAAAAGACUUCUACACCAAGAACAGAAACAGCUUCACCUAUAAUUUUAUGUACAGAUACAGUCUUCUUUCACUUCAGUCAGUCAACCCACCAUUUUAUAAACUGCAAUUCUAUCAAGAAAAGCAGCUAUCUGCUGUUCUAUGUAAAAUUAUCAACUUCUGUCAUAGUCUGGAGACACAAUUAUGCACCAUCUCCUAUUUUUCUAUAACAAAUAGAUCCCUACUUUCAUCUUUUUUGUCUAGUUUUUCUUCUUUUCUUCCUUUCUUUUACUAUUUUCUUCUUUCUGUCCUUUUGACUUCUCUCUUCUUUUUUUUUUGUAUCUCUUCUUUCUUCUGUCUUUUUCCCUAAUGUCUCCAGUCCCUGUGUUCUCAAUCUACUUAUCACAUGCACCAGGCCUCAACUGUUGAGGUUAGCCUUUACAAGUACCCUAUGACAUUCUGUGGGUUAGGGGUAAGGAUAAGGUUGUCUUACAAAACUUUGUUUACAUUGAUAUUUGCUAUAACAAUCUAUCCAAAACAUUUGUCACCGAUAAAAUGGCCCCACUUAUUGUAAAAA